AUGAAGCGGCCCAGUCUGCUCCUGGCAGCCGCCAAACGUCUCGUCAAGUGCCGCAGCUUCAGGUCGUUACCACCGCGCUGUCAAGGCGGGGAUAAGCCGAGCAGCGAAGACACGCUGCUCCUGGUGUGGUUUCACAAAGGGGGGAAACCUCCCGACUGCUGGCACAGCUUUGGGAUCAGUGGGUGUACCAUCACCAUCGACAGGAGGCUGUACAGCCAGGCCCAUGCCGUGCUCAUCGCGCACCGCGAUGUGAUCAACAUUGGCGACUGGUCCCUGCCUCAGGAGUCACGACCGCCUGGGCAAAAGUGGAUCUGGUUCAACGUGUACGCUCCCUCGAAUUCACUGCGGCUGUGGGAAUAUGAAGGACUGUACAACCUCACACUGACAUACCGUGAAGACUCUGACAUCGCUCUGCCUGUUGGGUAUGUAAUCCCAAACGCAUUCUUGGAUGACUUCCCAAUGGCUUCUUUUGCUUAUCGGCUGGACACAUCGUCCACUUCCAGUCCGCGUCCCGGCUUCGUGUCCUGGGUGGUCAGCCACUGGGGGGAGAACCUGGAGCGCGUGUCCCUCUACAAACACCUCAAAGAGUACAUUCAAAUCGACGUGUUUGGGGGGGUGGGGACACCGAUCCCACCCGGUAAGGAGACCGUGGUGGAGCUGAUCCGACAGUACCGGUUCUACCUGGCCUUCGAGAACUCGCAGUACACCGACUACAUCACGGAGAAGCUGUGGAACGCGGUGCAGGGCGGCGCCAUCCCCGUGGUCCUGGGUCCGUCCAGGAAGAACUACGAGCGCUUCCUGCCCCCCGAGGCCUUCAUCCACGUUGAUGACUUCCCCACAGUAUGGGACCUGGCCCGGUACCUGCUGGUGGUGAAGGACAGUCCGUCUCUGAUCGAGCUACACCUCAGCUGGAGGAGAGACUACAGCAUGUACAGGCCAUAUGAAUGGAGGGAAUUCCACUGUACAGCCUGCAGGGUGGUGAGAGAGCGCAAAGGCAGGACUGAUGUGGUCCAACACCUGGCAGCGUGGUUUUACUCAUGA